GGCUGAGGGGAGGCCCGGAGCCUUUCUGGGGCCUGGGGGAUCCUCUUGCACUGGUGGGUGGAGAGAAGCGCCUGCAGCCAACCAGGGUCAGGCUGUGCUCACAGUUUCCUCUGGCGGCAUGUAAAGGCUCCACAAAGGAGUUGGGAGUUCAAAUGAGGCUGCUGCAGACGGCCUGAGGAUGGACCCCAAGCCCUGAGUGGUGCUGCCCGAGCCCCCGGACCCCAGAGCAUGGCACUGAGGCAGCUGCCUGCCCCACUGUGAGGGAAAGCAGGCUGUGAGCAGCCCCAGCAGGACCCCUGGCCAGCCCCAUCCCCUGCUGAGCCCUGCUGUGGAAGCAGAGCCCCAGAGGCCAGUGGGGCAGGGCUGCGCGGCAGCCGGUCGGCCGGCCUGUGACUCGGGAACCCCUCCUGGAGGCCAUGGACAGGCUGCCCCACUGACGGCCAAGGUGAAGCAUGUGAGGAGCUGCCCUGGGAGCCGAGCAGGAGGGAAGAGGCUUCCGUAGAUCUAUUCACAAAGAAUAACCAGCAUUUUGCAAGGACCAUGAGGCCACUGUGUGUGACGUGCUGGUGGCUGGGACUGUUGGCUGCCAUGGGAACUGCUGCAGGCCAGGAGGACGGUUUUGAGGGCGCUGAGGAGGGCUCGCCAAGAGAGUUCAUUUACCUGAACAGGUACAAGCGGGCAGGCGAGUCCCAGGACAAGUGCACCUACACCUUCAUCGUGCCCCAGCAGCGGGUCACAGGCGCCAUCUGCGUCAACUCCAAGGAACCCGAGGUGCUCCUGGAGAACCGAGUGCACAAGCAGGAGCUGGAGCUGCUCAACAGUGAGCUGCUCAAGCAGAAGCGGCAGAUCGAGACGCUGCAGCAGCUGGUGGAGGUGGACGGCGGCAUCGUGAGUGAGGUGAAGCUGCUGCGCAAGGAGAGCCGCAACAUGAACUCGCGCGUCACGCAGCUCUACAUGCAGCUCCUGCAUGAGAUCAUCCGCAAGCGGGACAACGCGCUGGAGCUCUCGCAGCUGGAGAACAGGAUCCUCAACCAGACAGCCGACAUGCUGCAGCUGGCCAGCAAGUACAAGGACCUGGAGCACAAGUACCAGCACCUGGCCACGCUGGCCCACAACCAAUCAGAGAUCAUCGCGCAGCUCGAGGAGCACUGCCAGAGGGUGCCUGCGGCCAGGCCUGUCCCCCAGCCGCCCCCUGCCACCCCGCCCCGGGUCUACCAGCCGCCCACCUACAACCGCAUCAUCAACCAGAUCUCCACGAAUGAGAUCCAGAGUGACCAGAACUUGAAGGUGCUGCCACCCCCUCUGCCCACCAUGCCUACCCUCACCAGCCUCCCAUCCUCCACAGACAAGCCGUCGGGCCCGUGGAGAGACUGCCUGCAGGCCUUGGAGGAUGGUCACGACACCAGUUCUAUCUACCUAGUGAAACCAGAGAACACCAACCGCCUCAUGCAGGUGUGGUGUGACCAGAGGCACGACCCUGGGGGCUGGACCGUCAUCCAGAGACGGCUGGAUGGGUCUGUCAACUUCUUCAGGAACUGGGAGACAUAUAAGCAAGGGUUUGGGAACAUUGACGGUGAGUACUGGCUGGGCCUGGAGAACAUUUACUGGCUCACGAACCAAGGCAACUACAAACUGCUGGUGACCAUGGAGGACUGGUCUGGCCGCAAGGUCUUUGCCGAAUACGCCAGCUUUCGCCUGGAGCCUGAGAGCGAGUACUACAAGCUGCGGCUGGGGCGCUACCAUGGCAACGCAGGCGACUCCUUCACCUGGCACAAUGGCAAGCAGUUCACCACGCUGGACAGAGACCAUGAUGUCUACACAGGAAACUGUGCCCACUACCAGAAGGGAGGCUGGUGGUAUAACGCCUGUGCCCACUCCAACCUCAAUGGCGUCUGGUACCGCGGAGGACAUUACCGGAGUCGCUACCAGGAUGGGGUCUACUGGGCUGAGUUCCGAGGAGGUUCCUACUCGCUCAAGAAAGUGGUGAUGAUGAUCCGGCCCAACCCCAACACCUUUCACUAAGCCAGGCCCUCCUGACCUCUUAUGGCCAGUGACAGGAGCCCACCCUGGCCACACUGGCCCCAGCACAAAGAGCAACUCCUCACCAGUUCAUCUUGGGGCUGGGAGGACCGGGAUGCUGGACUCUGUUUUCCCAAGUCACUGUGGCAGAUAACAGAACGGAACUGAUACAGUGUUCUCUGUCCCUCCUCCUGUUCUUCACACCAGACAGCCCCUCAUGUUUCCAGGACAGGACUACAGACAACUCUUUCUUUAAAUAAAUUAAGUCCCCACAAUAAAAACACAACUGCAAAAUACCCUCAUAAUAUACAUGUGUAUGAGCCUCCCUUGAGCACUUAUGUGUAUACCACAUAUAUAUGCAUUUAGACAUAUAUCACAUGUGAUAUGACUAGAUACAUAUAUAUGUUUAUCUUACAUCCCCAAAUACACAUGUAGUCAAUUCUCAGAUGUGGAAGCUGUUACCAACAGCUUUGCUCUUAGGAAAAAAGCAUUUGGUUAAUGUUGUGUUACUUGAGUCUAAGGACAGGUCACAGACUGUACAGUCUCAACUCACGGAAUAAUCCUCGGUGUCUGCGUGCCUGGAUUCUUCCAGGACUUUCUACGAUGCUAUUCUCUCACACAGGGGUUCCUGGCUGCCUCUCUCAAGAAACCGCUUGGGCAUCUAAUCAAUUUCAAUAUCCCCCUCCCUCUCCACUUUUAUACUUCUCCCUGUUCUCAGGACUUUUCACCAUCUACCUACCCACUCAUUCAUUCAUCCGACACCAUUCAUUCAGUGCCCUCUGGGUGUCAGUCCCUGGCCACUCAUUGCAGUUCAAGGCCCCUUUUCCGCUCUGCCCUACUCUUUGCCUACCUACUCUUUGCCUUUUCUGUCGCGCGGCCCUUUUGGUCCAGGCAAGAUUCCUCAGCCUCUGAGCAGGAAACAGUCUGGGCUCCAGGUUUCUGGUUGGGAAAGGGAAGGCCAGGCCAAGAGCUAUACCGGCCACAUAGAUAACGUAUCCGCAGUUUUGUAUCUUCCCUUCAUACUUUAGCCUACAUGUCAUUUUAGCCUUCACACAAAUAAUAACCUACCUUGCCAGGAGAUACUCAGUUGAAGAGAAGUCAUCAGAUCAUCGGGGCCCCCAAAUGGCUAUAGACCAGAGGUCCCAUGCUCUCAGGCCAGCUGGAGCCUGCAUCUCCUCCCCAAACUGUACUUCCCUGGAGAACAGGUGCCACAAAAACAAGAACUGGCCACUUCUCAUGAGUUACUGAAUAAUUGGGUCAUGGACCCCUUGGUUGGGGCAUUGCAGCACGGUGGCUUUCUGAGUCCUGCCAGCCACGAAGCGUCAGCCUCAGUACUCCAGGACUGUUGCCAAGCAGGAGGCUAGGGAUGAGAUAAGAAGGUGAGACCCUCCCCGUGGGCACGUGGGUACGUGGGCCGGGGUGUGCGAGAUGUUAGAUGUUUGGUACUGUCCAUGUCUGGGUGCGUGCCUAUUACCUCAGCAUUUCUCACAAAAUGUACCAUGUAGCAUGUUUUUUGUAUAUAAAAGGGAGGGUUUUUUAAAAAAUAUAUUCCCAGAUUAUCCUUGUAAUGACACAAAUCUGCAAUAAAAGCCAUCAGUGCUAUUUGGAUGUAUCUACA